AUGCUGUUUCUACUUGCGAUUGUGGGAUUAAUAAGCUAUUAUGUCUACAAGUCCAUAAGACCGCCACCGCCGAUUCCGUUGCCGGCAGACGUUUCCAAGACAUCUCAAAGAAUCAAGCUCAAUGAUGGCAGACAUUUAGCUUACAAAGAAUUAGGGUUUCCAAAGGACAAAGCCAAACACAAAAUAAUAAUGGUCCAUGGAUAUGGAAACUCCAAAGACGCCGAUUUAUACACCACUCAGGAACUCAUCGACCAAUUCCAGAUAUAUUUCUUAUUCUUCGAUAGAGCUGGUUAUGGAGAAAGCGAUCCUAAUCCAUCACGAACACUGAAAACAGAUGCAUACGAUAUCGAAGAACUUGCUGACAAAUUGCAAAUCGGUCCAAAAUUCCAUGUUUUGGGAAUGUCACUUGGAAAUUACCCAGUUUACGGUUGCCUCAAAUACAUUCCUCAUAGACUAAGUGGAGCAACGUUGGUGGUUCCGUUAGUGAAUUUUUGGUGGAGACGUGUGCCUCGAGACUUGUUGAAUGCAGCGAUCAAGAAACUACCAUUUGAGUUUCGCAUGACACUUCGAGUCGCACACUACUGUCCAUGGUUGUUACAUUGGUGGCUGACUCAAAAAUGGUUCCCAAGUAAUCGAGAUCCCAAAAGAACUAUGACCGAACGAGAUAUUGAACUAAAAGCAAAACAUGCCAAAGAUUCCUACCUGGAGACUGCUUUACGACAAGGUGAAUAUGUGAGCGCACACCGAGACAUUGUCGCGGGAUAUGGGAAUUGGGAAUUUGAUCCAACCGAAUUGAGCAAUCCGUUCUCGGAUAGUAACAAAGGAUCGUUUCAUAUUUGGUGUGGACUCGACGACAAACAGAUUUUGCGGGAAGUCUUCAUCUAUAUAUGUGAUAAACUACCAUGGAUUACGCUCCAUGAGGUCCCUCAUGGUGGACAUUGGAUUAUCCAUGAGAAGCAUCAUUUCGAAGCCAUCAUCAAAGCCGCUUGUACUUGA